AUGGCAUCUUCUGCAGCUGCUGCCAAUCAAAGUGCUUCUGCAGCGAGUUUUCAUCCUUACCCGCAACCUUUGGCGCGAUACGAGGAUGUUGUAGCCUCUGGAAAACUCUUCAUGGAUACUUUAGGGAAGCUCCAUGCUACAAUGGGAACCAAAUUCAUGAUACCUGUUAUAGGGGGAAAGGACCUGGACUUGCAUCAUCUUUUCGUAGAGGUCACUUCUCGCGGAGGUAUUGGGAGGGUUCUCGGUGAGAAAAGGUGGAAGGAAGUAACUGCUACUUUCAGCUUUCCUUCCUCUGCGACAAAUGCUUCAUUUAUAUUGCGCAAAUACUAUUUGUCACUGCUUCAACACUAUGAACAAGUUUACUAUUUCAAGGCGAAAGGCUGGACUCAAUCUGCUGAUGCUUCACAUAAAGUCCCUACGGUGUCAGCUUCAUGUCCUGGUUUGGAUUCAUCCGCAUUUCCAGUAACAAAUGUUCAAGAGACUCCGUCACAGCCCCAAAUGGAUACAACACAGUCGCUUCCUGGAGUAGUUCCAGCAACUGCAGCUACUCCAACUGUGACUGGAGUAAUCGAUGCCAAAUUUGAAAGUGGAUAUCUUGUUACUGUUACAAUUGGCUCUGAGACACUAAGAGGUGUCCUGUAUCAAAUUCCACAAAAUGGAGCUGAUCAAGUGAAGCAGAAUAUUAGUACAGGGUCAAAAGCUAAUGAUACAGCAACAGCAACUGGUGUGCAACGACGGAAGCGUAGAAAGAAAUGUGAGAUGAAAAAGAGGGAUCCUGCACAUCCAAAACCCAACAGAAGUGGGUACAAUUUCUUUUUUGCGGAGCAGCAUGCAAGGCUAAAACCGAUGUAUCCAGGAAAGGACAGAGACAUCAGUAGGAUGAUCGGUGAAUUGUGGAACAAACUUAAUGAACCUGGCAAAGCAGUUUAUCAGGAAAAGGCUGUCAGAGACAAGGAAAGGUACAGGAUUGAAAUGGAUGAUUACCGAGAAAGGCUAAGGACGGGGCAAGUUGUUAGCGAUGUUUUGCCAAUACAGCAACAGGCUCCUGAGAUUGAUAUCAAUAUGAUAGAUGGGGAUGAGAAUAUUGAAAAUGAAUGUGGAGAUUCUCCACAAACUCCGGAAAAUGAGUCGAGUUCUGGGAAGAGUGACAAGAGCAACUUGGUAGACAAUAUGACAGCAGACAGGGAUAGAGAUUUUGGGAAGUCUCUUGGACUAGAGAUUGGAGCGCAGAAUGUUGGUAUGGGAGCUUUGGUUGACGAAAAGGCUUUAGAGUUGCAGAAGAAAGUUGUCGAGAAUGGACGUGAAGGUGAAGAAUUCUUUAAGGCUGAUGAUCAAAUGGAUUUGCAGAAAAAUUCUGCACCCAAUAUGGAGACAGAAUCAGAAAAACUAACACAGAGUGAAACAGUAGCUAUUGGAAUGUGAGUCGGAAAAAAAUUAAUAACUACAAAAGAUAGAACUGAAACAGAAUCGACACCUGAAGGACAAGUAUCUGGUGAUUUAGGAAGCAUCAACAAUGUAAUCAAGAUUCUACGCAAUGCAAGAAGGUAGGCUUUCUCAAGAAUAGUUUUUUACUUGUUUUCAUUGAUUUACUCUGAA